GAGAUAUGGCAUAUCAGUCUCUGUUAGUUUUGGAGAAACCACUUCAGCAUCUGUCACUCUCAGACUGGAAUAGCCGAGUCAAUAAAUUGCGCAAUGUUGCGGAUGCUAGACGUAAUGAUGCAUUUAGUAUUCGUCAAGGUUCUAAAACGUUAAGAAACGAGGUUCGCAUUGAAGCCGAUUGGACCAAUUUUGAAUCCAAUGAAGCAUUAGCUCAACGUAUUUCUGAGAUAAAUCAAUGGCGUAGUUCAAUAAAACUUACCCUAGAACGCAUUGAACGGGAAAUGAAACUCUUAAGCGAAGAAAAAGCUGCUACAGAACGUGAACUGGAGGCCAUGCAAACACCUAUUUCUAUCAUUGGAGAAUGUCUAACAAUGAGAGAUUGCCGCCUGGGAGCCGAAAUUACAUACGAUGACGCGGAUACGGAAAUUAAAAACGAAUUAACCAUAGUUGAAAACAAUCAACGACUUUUAGCAUCACAGUGUCAAAAAGCCUGGGAGAAAUUAUCGCGAUUAGAGGAAGUGAAAUUCAAAUUAAAUCUGGAGGUGACAAACAAAGCUGAAGCGGAAGAGUUGGAUAUGCAUCAGCUACAAUUGGAUAAGUUUGCAGCAAAUAUAUCAUACAAACCAGAUCCAACUAGGAAUCCCAAAAACUAUUGUUCCUAUCAAUCCUGGAAAGAACACACAAUGCAAAUGAAACAACUCGCCGAAAACGAACUCGCUGACACCUAUGCCAUAAGGGAGGCUUUGUUUGUAUGUAGGGAAAAGGCCCGAAAUAUGCUUUCGUCCCAACAAGAGAGAACUGAGCACACAAUUAGAAAACGUAUUUUUGAAACACAAAGAGCAAGAAAUGAAUUGCAAUGGCAACAAAUGAAAAUGAAAGAAGAAAUGCAAAAGACAGAGUGUGAAAUAAAAACUUUGGAACAGUCUUUACGGGACAAGACGGAUGGAUGCAAACUGGCCGAAACACGCUUAGAAAAUAGAGCGCAACGCUCUGGAAUGGAACUUUGCUUGGACGACGCACAUGAACAAUUGUGUUUGGAGGUUACAAAACUUCGAGACAUUCGUAGACAAUUGAUAGACAAAAUUGAAGAAGCUAAAACUAACUUUAAUUAUCUACAAGAUCAUGCUCAAAAAAUCGACGUCGAAUUGGAAAACAAGCAACAUUCUUUAAUGACUGACAUCAGAGCACUUGAAUUACGUCAGCGUCUCAAGUUUUCUGAAUUCGCACAAACCGACUCAACUUCGGCUCAGACUGAUCGUAAUAUUGUUUUAACAAAAAUGGAAAAAGAAAUUCCUAAAAAUUAA